AUGAUUCAAAAUCAGUCGAACAACUAUUCAAUAUUGGAUACAAGUUCACCAAUAUCUACAAAUUUCUAUUAUCAACAAAAUCCUCAAGAUGAUUUGCUAACUCUUUGCAAAGAACUAGCCACAUCAUUUCAAUCAUCUGGAAAACAUCAACAAACAGCAAGAAAUAUCAUUCAAAAAAUUGUGCGAAAUCGAAAUUUCGAUUUAUGUUCAAUUACACCGCCUGUUUUUGUGGGAGCAAAUUCGGAUUUGCACUUGUUUAAUGUGAUUUAUGAGUUGAUUUAUGCGUAUUCACCGUUUUUCAAUACAGUUAUUGAGGAUAGUCAAUUGGUGGAUGAAUUAUGGGAGGCUUUAAUUUGGCAAAUUGAAAAUUCGAGAAUGGUGAGGCUUUGGGGGAAAGUUUAUGAAAUAAAUGACCUGAAAUUUGGGGGUUUAGGUUGAAAUUCUACAGUACCUGGGCACUAUACGAAAAUCAUUUUUUAAAAAUAACUUAUCCAAUAAAAAAUCUAUUCAUUGUCAAAACACUAAUAUUGUCCAUUUUUGCAGAACACUCAAAUUGUUCGCGAAUCAGUUCUUCUCAACGUAAUUGCCACGUACAUCACCCGUCUUUUACCAUGCGAUGAAAUUGUUCCACAAAUGUCAAUGAGAAGUCCGAAUACAAGUAAAACUCAUCAAAUUAUUCAAACACCUCUUCAAUUAUUCAAACCGACGAGUCCUUUGGUUAAUCGGAUGAAUAUUGGUGAGAUUUGGAUGGAAAUUGUUUAAAAUAUAAGGAAAAUGUUGAAUUGUUUAUUUUUUUUAUCUGAAAAAAAAAGAUCUUUCUUGACCUCCAAAAUCCGGAUGAAAAUCAAAAUAUAAAUUUCUCAUAAUUCCAAUAGAAAUCCAAAAAAUCUUCAAUUUUUCUUCAGAUGAUCGAACUGAACUUGUCUCAACUUCAAAUGCAAAUUUUCAACCACGACAUGUUAAUUAUUUCAAUCUUUUGAUCAACAAAAUAUGUACAACUGAUGUCUAUCCAAAUGCUAAUCGAUUUUUAUUGCUCAGGUUAGAAAAACCCUUCAAAAGUCCACAGUUUCUUGCAUUGAAAAACAUCCAUUGGAGCACAUAAAUAAACUGUUUUUCUCUAGAUAUUUGCUCAAACAAUUCCAUGUGUUUUGCCUCCAUGAAACUGUUGAUGAGUACGUGGAUUCGGUGAAAAAUCAAAUGAUGUGCGAUCCGCCGUUUUCUCCGGCACUUUUUCAAUUUUUCGUCAAUUCGCUGAAUCAUUGUCCGACAGUUUCGUUGUUCAAAGAUAUAUGUAGUAAGUUUAUUUUGGAGGGCUUUUUCAGAAUUUCCUUAAAAAUUCCCUCAAAACAUCUAUCAAAAUUCCCCGGUUUCAAUAUAUUUUAUUACAGUGUGUUGGUUAACCUACUGUCGACCAUGGCGUUAUCUCCAAACUCUUCCCAAUACUUCGGCCAACUUUCCUCAAGACUACAGUCUAGUCUCUCGAUUUCUCCCAUUCGUUCGCAAAAACUUUGACUAUUAUCGAUUUUUGUUGGGAAAAAUCAUCAAAAAAUUCUCAAGUUUUGACGUGAAUUUGGAAUUAAUAUCUUCGAUGCGCGGAAUUAUUGAAUUCUCAUGGAAAGAUCCACAAUUUGUAUUGUUGAAAAAUGUGCAAUUAAAUAUUGAGCCACAUGUUGUUGAAUUAUUGGAGCAUAUGAAAACUGAGCUAAUUUCACGAAAAAAUGCAGUGAAAAUGGAAAUGGCUUCUACUUCUUCAAGCUUUUUGGAUUCAUUUUUUGGAACUGGAAUUUCGGAAAAAUCAGAUGAAUCUGUGAAAAUUAUCAAGGAAAUUGAAACUAUGAUCGGAGAUUGUGAUAAAUAUUUGGGCACGAAGAUUUUGACAAAUGUUGGGGAGAAUUUGGCGAAAAAUGAGACAAAUCGGAGUGAAAUUAUGAAUGAGGAUGUUAAUCGGUUGGGCUUUUUUUUGUUAAAUUUUCAGUGUAAAAAAAUCGUGAUUUUUAGCACAAAAUCCGAAUUUUUUUGACUGAAAUUCUUUAAAAAUAUGUUUCUUCUAAAAGCCUGUUUAUUUCUAGAAUUUCGAUGGACACCCCCAAAUCAAGUCUCCUUCCUGAUCAUUUCAUCGAUCAAAAAACCAAUCAAAUGAUUCUGACGCCACGUGGACAAAAACAAGUUUUGACUGGAGAACGACGUUUCGAUCCAUCGAAAUAUAUCAAAUCUAGUGCCUAUUCUUUGGUUUCGAAAAAUGAAUCAGAGAUUUUGGUGAGAGCUAUGACAUGGCUUGCUGAAAAAUCGACGAAUAUUCCGGGUGUUUCCACGUUGGCUGAUAACUAUAAUUGUCAGAAUUGUGAGUUUUGGAGCAAUGACUUUUUGGAUCUAGAAAUCUCCUGAAAUUUAUUAAAAUUUAACGGAAAAUCUGAAAUUUUACAACGAAAAAGUUCCUCCUGAACCGCAUUUAUUUUUCAGUGCUCGGUUUAAUAGCUCGUGUUGUAAUGUAUCCACCGGUCCCAAAUCUCGACCCAAAAGCCGCUGCUCCUUGCUAUUCGCCACGAGUUCGCCGAACUCCUCCAUUGCUCAGAUUAAGAGUGAGUUUUCAUCCGAUCUCCGUUCAUUUUCUCAUAUGUAUAUUUUUUUUCAGAUUUUUGCCAAUUUCUUCGUGAUUUCCCUGAUUUUCUAUCUGAUUUUGGCUCAACACUUUGGUCUCGUAUUUUUUGUUUUACCCACACUUUUCAUUGGAAUUAUCGGGCUUUUUUUGAUUCUCGCAAUGGAUUCUGUUUAA